AUGGCUGAAAUGUCUAUUCAAUCCCUAACUAUACCCUGUUAUAGACAGACAACAAACCCGUUUGACAAGCAAAUUAAGAUUUGGAACACCAAUCCUAAAAACUCAUCACUAGAAAACCCAAAGAAUGUUUCACUGGAAUACAGCAUUCACACGAUUGCUGUGGUGGGUCGGGUCCGUUGGCGCCCCGAUAAAAUGUACCACAUUGCCAGUUGUGCCCUCGUCGUAGACUACAGCAUCUAUAUAUGGGACGUUCGUAGGCCAUUCAUUCCAUACGCCUCUUUCAAUGAACAUUCAAAUGUCACCACCGGUAUCGCUUUUAAGGGGAACGACUCGCACGUUUUGCUCUCCACCAGUAAAGAUUCCACCAUUUUCAAACACGUUUUCAAGGAUGCAUCGCGACCAGCAAUCAAAGCUAAUCCGCAGGGAGCAAGCUUCAAUUUCAAAGGUGAUCUUUUAUAUGCGUACAAAAUGAAACUAGUGGGCCCUCCAACGCCACCACCGGUGCAGAAAACCAGUCUUCUAGGCAGUAGACAAAAAACUCCACCUUCGACUGAUCAGUUUCAUUUGGCUAAGUCAAGUUUGUACAAUUUCCUAACAAAGAGCCAAACUACCAACGUUAAAGAUGUCACUAAAACAUCCUUAUUGAAAGACUUUCACGCUCUCAAAGGUUGUGCCAAAGAGUAUAUCCUAACGGGAGCUUCAUUAGCAGACAUUUGUGCGCACAAUGCUUCUGUUGCGAAAAACUACGGCAAAACUAACGUUAGCUUCCUAUGGAACUUUAUUAGCCAGUUGUACGCAUACAGCUCCAUAGCAAAUUUAAAACUAGAACAACGGAACUCCAACGCAAGUCAAAGCCACUCUAACCGUUUAAUGGCACAAAACUCUAAUCAAUCGAGCUCGGGAAGACCAGUUGACGACAAAACUGGUAGCAAUCCGAAUCUAGGGAGUGCGGGCCCCGUUCCUAGUUCAUCUGACGAUUUCUUAGAAUUUCUCAAUCCUAAAGCCGACUUGACUACUAUGCUGUCAGGAAAAGGCCAAUUGCUAUCAAUCGACAUUGAACCCAACUGCUGCGACUUCGUUUUCGGCGAGACAGAACUGACCUUUGACAACGUUAACUGUAUAAAAGGCUUCCGAGAUGGGUUCCUGUACACUGGACCACAUGAUCUUAUAAAAGACUAUACUUUUCCUUCAUCCAAUCUGAUGAACGCACACGAUCUGCAUCAUGCACGCCCCAGAAAGGAGCUCUGCGCAGAUAAUACACAGGAAUGUUCCCCACCACCAAAUAUACCUUCUUUUUUGAAAAUAUCUGAAGGCAAUCCAAUUAAUCCACCGCUAUGGGAACCCCACCAGGUUCUGGCAGAUUGUCUAACUUUACAAACAGAAAUUGGAGAUGUACAAACUUCAACCUGCAUACUGAUUGCACUGGGUGAUCGUCGGCACAGUCUACAAACCGACGAAUCCAUCCACGAAAACUGGCUACUGUCCUACGUUGAGCUGUUGCAUCGCCACCAACUGUGGAAUGAGGCAACGCAGAUUAUCAACCUGAGUUGGAUUAGAACAGUUUCGGACAUGAAUCUGCAGUCGACAACGAUGCAUACUAAUUGCGGAGACUGCGGUAGGCCGUUGUUGAAUGCCGUUGGGCGGUAUUGUGGAAAAUGUCGCUCUGUGCAGAGCUCGAAAUGUAGUGUUUGCAACGGGGUGGUUCGGGGAUUGUACGCCUGGUGCCAGGGCUGUUCUCAUGGAGGGCACUUGCAGCAUCUGAAGCAUUGGUUCUCGAACAAUCCAAAAUGUCCGAAAUGUGGUCAUCUGUGCGAGUACGAGUAA